CGCAGCCGGAGCUAGCGCCGCACGGCUACUAAAUUCCACACAAACUUUAUCCAUCGCAGAUUCGCAGCUCGCGCGCCUUUGUCACCAUGUCGAAGGACGCCUCCGACGAAAUCCCGGCCGCCGAGGCGCCGGCGAAGCGCGCUCCCCUCAACAAGUACGCCCUCGCCUGCGCCGUCCUCGCCUCCAUGAACUCCAUCCUCCUCGGCUACGACAUUUCGGUGAUGAGCGGCGCCCAGAAGUUCAUGAAGGAGGACCUCAACAUCUCGGACACGAAGAUCGCGAUCCUUGCCGGCAUCAUCAACAUCUACUCGCUCGUCGGCUCGCUCGCGGCGGGCCGGACGUCCGACUGGAUCGGCCGGCGCUACACCAUGGUGCUCGCGGCGGUCAUAUUCUUCGCCGGCGCGCUCAUCAUGGGCCUCGCCCCGAGCUACGCGAUUCUCAUGCUCGGCCGCUUCGUGGCCGGCGUGGGUGUGGGCUACGCGCUCAUGAUCGCGCCGGUGUACACGGCCGAGGUGGCGCCGGCGUCCGCGCGCGGCUUGCUCACGUCGUUCCCCGAGGUGUUCAUCAACACCGGGGUCCUCCUCGGCUACGUAUCCAACUUCGCCUUCUACCGCCUCCCGCUCAGCAUUGGGUGGCGCGCCAUGUUCCUUGUCGGCGCCGUGCCGCCCGUCUUCCUCGCACUGGGCGUCCUCGCCAUGCCGGAGUCGCCGCGGUGGCUCGUCAUGCAGGGGCGCAUUGGCGACGCGCGCCGCGUCCUCGAGAAGACCUCCGACUCGCCGGCCGAGGCCGAGGAGAGGCUCGCCGACAUCAAGAACGCGGUGGGCAUCCCCGAAGGGAUCUCCGACGACGACGAGGUCGUGACAAUCGUCCGCAAGAGCAGGGGAAGCCACGGCGAGGGGGUCUGGAGGGACCUGCUGAUCCGUCCGACGCCGGCCGUGCGCCGCAUACUCAUCGCCUGCCUUGGUCUCCAGUUCUUCCAGCAAGCCUCCGGCAUCGACUCCGUCGUGUUGUACAGCCCGCGGGUGUUCGACAAGGCGGGUCUCCACUCCGACUCCCACUCCAUCGGAGCCUCCGUGGCGGUGGGCGCCAGCAAGACGCUCUUCAUCCUCGUCGCCACGUUCCUCCUCGACCGCGUCGGCCGGAGGCCGCUGCUCCUCACCAGCGCCGCCGGGAUGGUGAUCUCGCUCGUCACGCUGGCAUCGGCGCUGCACGUGAUCGACCAACGCCCGGAGGGCCAAGCGACGCCACUGGUGGGUCUGAGCAUCGCGAUGGUGCUGGCGUUCGUGGCGUCCUUCUCCAUCGGGAUGGGGCCGAUUGCUUGGGUGUACAGCUCGGAGAUCUUCCCGCUGCGGCUGCGCGCGCAGGGAUGCGCGCUCGGCACGGCGAUGAACCGGAUCAUGAGCGGCGCCAUCAGCAUGUCCUUCCUGUCGCUCUGCAAGGCCAUCACCUUCGCCGGGAGCUUCUACCUCUACGCCGGCAUAGCUACGGCCGGGUGGGUGUUCAUGUUCUUCUUCCUGCCGGAGACGCGAGGCAGGAGCCUGGAGGACACCAUCGUACUCUUCGGCGGCGAUGAACACGACACCAACGCCGUGGGGAAGGAACACGGCCAUGGACAGAACAAGUCCACAGAGUUGACUACUUAAGCAAUGGGAGCUACUAGCUGGAGUACAUAAGGCCAUCUCCAGUGAAUGCUAUAAAUCGAACCAUGGAGAAGAUAGAUCGAUUAUCCACGUUAUGGCAAUCGAAUCAAAUUGUUAGAGCUUGAAAUUGCAAUUUGAUUCGAACCAAGUUAAAUAUACUAUCUUUCUUUCCUAUAGCCGUAGGGUAGCCCGUGUGAGCAAGCGUGAAAACGAAGAGGAUAAAUGAAAAAAUAUUCUGUGAAAAAAAA